CACACCACCUCACUCACCAUGGACCAGUCGCCGCCAGACGUGAAGCGCCAGCUCGGCGAGGCAUCCGCCGGAUCGCCGCCGAAGAAGCGCAAGACCGACGAGAAGCAGCGGGCGCGCGACGAGAAGAAGGCCAAGAAGCAGGAGAAGCGCGAGCGCAAGGCCGUCAGCCUGCAACGCUCGCAGGAGCUGCGCAAGCUGAGCAAGAACACGGACAAGUACAACAACAAGUCCAAGGAGGAGAAGCGCACCAAGCCGGGCAAGGCGGACGAGGCCAGCGGUGCUGCAGCAGUGUCGCAGCCGCGGCCAGCGCCCAAGCCCCAGGCAGGGCAGGCAGCGCUGCGCCUGGAGGGAGACGAGAGUGCAGUUGGGCCGGUGCUUGCCGAGUUCGGCGACUUCGCGCCGCACAGCGGCACGCAGUACACGCUGUACUCCAAGGCGCCGGGCAAGACGGCGUCGUUUGACGACUCGAUGCUGCUCGUUGGCGAGACGGACACGAUCACGUACGUCUCCAACAACUGGCUGAGCGGGCGGGCCGGGCCGAGCCAGGAGCCCGAGACGCGGCUGGCGGCGCGCGACUACAGCGGCGAGUACCUUGUGGGCGUGCACGACCCAGCGACAUCGACUGUGACGCUGCGUGCGGCGCCGCUCUUCCUCUUCAAGCGGCGUGUCAAGGCGCUGAGCGACAUGACGUCGAGUCUGGCGGCCACGCGCGACAAUGCGGCCAUCGACUGGGAGACGCGGCAGAAUCAGCGGCGCGACCUGGGCGAUGCAUUUGGCAACCGAAAGACGAAGCUCAAGGCCAAGGCGCAGGACCGCAUGAAGGUGGACACGGGCAACAUGGGCGCGGUGAUGGACUCGAUGCGCCAGCAGAUCGAGGACAGCUCGCGCGGCAUGGCCGAUGCGGACGCCGUCAAGGCCGAAGCGGACGCCCAGCGCGCCAUCCCGCCACCCAAUUUCGAUGCGACGGAGCCGAGCGAGGCGUACCCCAUCGCCUCGAUCGUGCCGAAUGCCAUCUUCUACGCGCUCAACAUCGCACCGCUGCUCAAGGCCGAGGACCAGGGUCACCUGCGCAAGCUACUGCCGGGACCCGGGCCAUCGCAUUCCGACUGGCUCGUAUCGCGCACCUGGGAUGCCGUGCAGCGUGCGCUGUACGGCACGAAGGGCGAAGGCGGCGCCGAGAGCAUCCUCAAGACGAGCGGCAGCAAGGACGAGGGCAAGCUGCGUCUGCGCAUGUGUCUCUUCAUGGCGCUGCUGUGGGCGUUCAGACGCAGUUCGGCGCUGGUGGCCCGCGAUCGCGAGGCAUUGAGUGAGAAGCUGCGGCUGCAGGGCACAAAUAGCGGAGAGGUGAUCAUGGAGGAUCUGCUCUCGCGCUUUGCGGAGCGGCAGCGCGGCGGCAAGAAGUACGCCGUGACGACGUACCAGGACACGAAGCUGCUCUCGCACAUCUUCGCCCUCUCGCUGCAUCUCGACGGCUUCUCCGUGGACUACGGGGCUCUGGCGUCUGAUCUCGGUCUCGGCCCUCCCAAGGUGGCGGAGAUCUACAAGUCGCUCGGCUGCAAGAGCGACAUUGCGACAGGCCAGCACGCCGAUGGCUCGGCGCGCAAGGAGCGGCGCAUGGUGCUGCGUGUGCCGUUUGAGCUGCCCAAGCCCAAGCGUGGCCCCGCGAAGCGCUGAGUGAGGGCUGGGCAAUGCACAUCAGUCACCUGUGCUGAGACGGAGGCUGUGUGGGAG